AUGCGUUUCCUCAACUUGAUUGCUCUUUCUGCGUGUAUGCUCUCAAGAUUUGCUCUCCCCCAAGUCAUUGUAACAGUCACGGAAGUUGUGACCGUGGACCCAGUCUGGACAACAACUGUUACCACGAUUAUCACAGUUACAAAAUCAACAACCACGACUAAGGCAACAAGUACAACAAGCAAAUCUAGCACCACUACACGACGUCCAGGCGGCCCUGGUGGUCCUCCAUGGACGUCGGGCGGUGGUCCCCCAUGGGGCCCAUCCACAGUAUUUACGACUGUUUUCGUCACUGAAACCGAGAAAACAAAAUCGAGUACCACGACACGACGGCCAGGUGGGCCCGGAGCUAGCCCAACAACUGUAUUUACGACCGUUGUCGUUACUGAGACGGGUCAGCCACAACCGACGAAUGGGGACCCAAAUGCUACGAAAUGCCCUGCACCGUUAUGGUACCAGUGCGGAGGAAAGGUCUGGACUGGAUGUAAGACUUGUGAGAAAGGACUAAAGUGCUGGGGUAAAGACGAAUGGUUUUCUCAGUGUCUUACUCCGGACGCUAUUCCAACCUCGACAUAA